AACAUCGCACGCGUUGAUGUUGACAAAUGGCUAUCCAGCCUCAUUCUACCGUCCGAUACCUAUUGGGACAAAUGGAAACCCGCUUUGAAGGACACGGAUGUUGGUGGGCUUGGUACAGCUCAGAAGUUUGUGGGCCACUGGNAAAAUUCAUACGCCGGCAUUGACAUCCACGUACAAAAGCAUAAACUCUCAAAGGGCCAGCGCAAAAUUUUCAUGUGUACUACCAGAGACUCAUUGCCUUUGUUGGGAAUUCGGGUUGUAGACUCUUUUGGGUAUAGCAAGGCAUAUGCAAAUCGGAGGCUUGCACGGGUCUCGGCGCUGUAUCGAAGCGGUGAGCUUGACACAAUUUACAAGGGAACAAUUGCAUCGAGGAAGUUCUUGAGGAUAUACCUACAGGCUGCAAGAUAUGGCAUGGUUCCGAGACUCAAACUCAGCAUGUCAAAUGAUCAACUCGAUGCUCAUUAUCAAAUCACCCUGGCCGUACCUGAGUGGAAGGUCAAGGCUCUCUCAGUUGCCUCAACAUACAUUGAAGCCUUGACCGCAGUCAUCGAGACCUAUGAGCAGAUGGUCAAGAAACGCAAUGUCAAAACUCGCUUCUCAUCAGAAGCAACCAACGACAGACUGGACAUCUUAAGCUACGGAAACGCAGAACAAGCCCUCCAAUUCCUAGUCAAGAAGUUGGACAUCAAGAAAUCUAGAUGGGUACGCAAGAAGCUUGAUACACCAGGGCCACAAUGGCAAUACUGGUACUCAAUCAAAGUCGACAAAGACGACAUACCGAUCCUCACCUCCAAAUCUCCGACGAUACGUAAGUUGGAUGCGCAAUACAUUGGUACACUCACAGCAGUAGUGCGGGUCCUGCAGCGCUUUGGCUUUGACGCAAUUGACGGAUUCAGGGAGCACGUCGAGGCAGCCAGGAAUCGUGCCAUUGAGUCGGUGUCCCAUUAUGGGGAUGAAUCCGAAAGCGCGGAAUCAUCUCACAGGAUAGAGAGUGAACGGACACCGCUACAGGAGACUGCAUCCCUGGAAAGCGAAGAUUACGAUGAGCCGAAAAUAUGGAGGAGGACCUGG